GACCCAAGCAACAAGAAAAGCAUUCAAAAGGGCAGGCGUUUGAACUUUGAAAAGUCAAAGUUAUCUGAUUUCAAAUACAACACACCAGGAAAGACCAAAAUCUGCGUCUUUGUGAUUGUACAAAGUGUUUGAUGAAAGUAAGGUUUUUGUUAACCGGGAUGUCCCCGGGCCGCAUCCAACACAGCUUCUCUGGGACUCCCCACAAAGACCUUUCUUUGCGCAUCUUUGUUCAAACACCCAAUAAUUCUCCCUAGUGUUUGUGUUACAUAGGACCCAAAACUUUCUGGGUUGUUCUCUCUCAUCUUCACAUAAUUUAGAGUCCAAAGUGAGAGAAAGAGAGAAGAGAGGGAAAUGUUUGAUUACUACCACCAACUUGCCGCUAGUCCCUCUUACCAAGAUUCCCUUAAAGUUCUUGAGGCUGAUAUUCAGCAUGCCAACAUGCUGGCAGAUUCUAUUCCACGAGGCAAGAGUGGUGCCUGCCUUCAAAUGAAGUUGGUCUACCAUCAUUUGGCACCCAUUUUACUGUUUUUGCUUCAGUGGAUGGAUUGCUCAUGUACCUGUCUACUUUCAAGCUAUUUAAGACUUUUUCAUAUAAUUGUCUAUAAGGUACACCCUGAUGGGAAGCCAAAUGUCUCUUCAUGUGGAAGAAGAGCUACUGUUAGAGAAUUCUACGCUGUUAUAUUACCAUCUCUUCAGCAUCUCAGUGGCAACUCGUCAGAGUUAGAUAUUACUCAAGAGGAAGGUAGCUGCUUUGAAAUGUUUGUCAGCAAGAAAUUGGAAAAGAAGAGGAAGAUUUUAGAUGUGGACUUGGAGAGAGAAGAUGAGUGUGGAAUCUGCUUGGAGCCUUGCACUAAAAUGGUUGUGCCAAAUUGCUGCCAUGCCAUGUGCAUCAACUGUUACCACAACUGGAAUGCAAGGUCAGAAUCUUGCCCAUUUUGCCGCGGAAGUUUAAAAAGAGUGAAUUCAGGAGACUUGUGGGUUCUGACAUGUGGUAGUGAUGUGGUUGACCCUCAAUCUUUGCUGGCGGAGGAUAUGUUGCGCUUCAGUCUUUAUAUAAACAGCCUACCUAGGGAUAUCCCAGAUGCUCUGUUCUUAAUGUAUUACGAGUACUUGUUAUAACCCGAGAGACGUGAAGGAUGAUGCAUAGAAACUGAAAAAUGCUGAUCACCACCUGUAUAUUUUCUGGUGAGGUUUUCACAUAAAGAUUUUAUUCAACUUGAUAUUUGGGUGGGAAAAUGUACAUCCUCUGAAUAAAGACCCGGUUUUUAAUUUUGAAA